UCUUAUUGGCCAUGACGACUGUCAUGCAGAAUGACAGACUUAAAAGGUCUGCGCAGUUUUUCUAUGGCGCUUGCGGCUUGUUUGUAGCACCCCGGUUGGCUUUAUUAGUGAUGACGUCGCGCGGGAAGUGUAUGAUUUUGCAUAGAGAACAAGACAGCGGGCGAUGGUUUGGACGGGAAAUUACGCCAGCCUUGGAAGUUAACGACAGAGCGCCUGCGCCGCUUUGGGAAAAGUUCGGGUGACGUUAUUAGAGGAAGCGGACCUUGCUAUUGGAUUGGCUCAGAUGCAGUGACGUGUCAGAAGUUCGGAAUUAUGCCUGCCGAAAGUGGCGGUGUCUCUCCUAGAAGUUGUAGCAUAGUCUCUGGAAUGCGGGUGGAUUGGCUACCUGCGGUCGGAGGCGGAGCCGAGACUCCUGGGUUCGAAUCCCGACGCCAGCUGUAAGAAUUCCGUUGCUGCCCUCGGCGACUGAGGACGUGGCGGGAGUGGGGCGCCCCGAGCGAGAGACUUCGCGUGGCCGGAGAAGCGGGCUCCCAGGCGUCGUACUUUUAGAGGGCAAAGGGAUGCCACUUCCUCCGACAGACGGUACAGGACAUUAACCGUGCUUAGGGACUGUGGCAAGCACAUGGCCAGGUUCUGUGUUUCCUGUCUGUGUCCAGCAUCUUGGCACUUCACUGUGCCUAAAGUGAGUCUGUAUCCCCGACAGCGCCUGGUACUGUUGGCCCUUUUGUUGGGAGUCUGUUUUGUGCUGAUUGCAGCCACUGCAAAUCUGUGGCAUCAGAGGGCUUUUGGAUCUCAAGAUGGGCAGUUUGAAAGGUACAUGGCCCGAUUCCAAGACCUGGAGGCCACUGACACAGACAACGCAGCUCUGAAUUAUGGGGUGGUGGUUGACUGUGGGAGCAGCGGGUCCCGAGUCUUUGUGUAUUUUUGGCCACCACACAAUGGCAAUCCUCAUGACUUGCUGGACAUCCGGCAGAUGCGCGAUCGCAACAGCCAACCUGUUGUCAAGAAAAUCAAGCCAGGGAUCUCCACAGUAGCAACAACUCCAGACAAAGCCACUGAUUACAUGAGGCCCCUGCUCAGCUUUGCUGCUUGCAAGCACAUACUCAAGGGGCCUAAACACAAAGGAGACCCCCUUUAUGCAUCUUUGUGUACAGCAGGAAAUGGGAGGGAGACUCUCUGGCAGCAGGCAGCAAUCCUGGAGGACCUGGUGAGGGAUGUGCCGUUGGAAUUUGACUUCCUUUUCUCUGAGUCACAUGCAGAAGUGAUAUCAGGGAAGCAAGAAGGUGUCUAUGCUUGGAUAGGCAUCAACUUUGUUCUGGGGCGAUUUGACCAUAAAGAAGAGGAAGAUGCACUUGUUUCAGUGACCCUGGCUGGCCAGGAAGAGCCUCUAUUGAGAAAGAGGACUGUUGGCAUCCUAGACAUGGGAGGUGCUUCUCUACAAAUAGCAUAUGAAGUGCCCAGCACUGCAGCCUUCUCUUCUCUACAGCAGGAGAGAGCUGCCAAGAGCCUUCUUGCUGAUUUCAACCUCGGCUGUGAUGCACAACACACAAACCAUUUGUACCGGGUCUAUGUCAACACCUUCCUGGGCUUUGGGGGCAACUUUGCUCGGCAACGCUAUGAAGAAUUGAUGCUGAAUCAGACCAGCACCCACAACAGGUUACAGGGUGAUCAGAAUGGGGCAAAUCCUCAGUUGCCAAUCCUAGAUCCUUGCCUGCCCGUAGGACUGGAGGAUGUUGUGGAGCAAGUGGGUCAGACCUGGCAUGUCAGGGGCCAGGGAGAUUGGCAGACCUGUGCAGAGCGGCUGUUCCCCCUGUUGGCUGGAGACAACAGUAGCCAGACCUCACUAGGGAACACCUACCAAGCACCCAUUAACUUUGCUAACAGUGAGUUUUAUGGGUUUUCUGAAUUCUACUACUGCACAGAAGAUGUGUUGCGUCUGGGAGGACCGUAUCAUGCACCCACCUUCAUGCGUGCUGCUCAGGAUUAUUGCAGUAUGAGCUGGUCAUCACUAACACAGAGGUUCAACGACAAGCUGUACUCAUUGCAUGCAGACUUGCAUCGUGUCAAGUACCAGUGCUUUAAGUCAGCAUGGAUGCACCAAGUCCUCCAUAAAGGGUUCAAUUUCCCAACAGACUAUUCUGGCCUGUAUACAGCUCAGUUAGUGUAUGACCGAGAGGUGCAGUGGACUCUGGGAGCCAUUCUUUAUAAGACCCGCUUCUUGCCGCUCAGGGAUAUCCACCCAGAGGGCAUCCGUCCAGCACACAGCUCGUGGCUGCAUCUUUCCUUUGUCUACAAUCACUAUCUUUUCUUUGCAUGUAUUCUUGUGGUGAUGCUAGCAAUUGGACUCUACCUCCUCCGCUUGCACCGCAUCCACCGACAGCAACUGCGCUCAGCAUCAUUGGACCUGUUGUGGUUGGCAGAAGUGGUGCCACUGCCAGGCCAAGAGCCAGGUUCUUGAUCACCAAGCUACCUCUCAGAGACUGUUCCGUGGCAUUGUCUUUAACAGGCCCCAAAGCUAUGAUAGUGAGGUGUUUUAAGCCAGAACUGUACUGAGCCCAGGCCACAUCUACCUUGCCUCCUGUUGCAGCGGAGAAAAGCUGCACAGUCACAGUGGACUCUAUGUUCUAUUUUGUGCUUAAAAGGCCCAUCCAGUGUAGAAUAUACAAACUGCAAAUACUAUGAAGGGAAAGGGGGGAGGGGUGAUGGGGAGCAGAUUGCUGCUGGUACAGCAGAUUUGUAAGUGACCAAAAAUAACUUGAUUUACUCAGGGAAAGAUCAGGACUUGUUUGUGCAGGAUUUGGCCCUAUUUUCUGGGCCAAAUAUCUUGUCUAGCAUGAUACCUCACAAGCAAAAAAAUGGUGCUUGAACUCUGAGCCCAGCCCUCAAGAGUCUCCUCAGUGCUAUUAUAGGAAGACCAAGGGAGGAAGUCAGGCAAAAGCCCUGCAGGACUACAAAGACCCAGAAAGGGGUUUAAUCAGUUGCUGCUAUUUUCCGCUUCCUUCUCCUAUCGAGUGAAGGCCCAACCACUUCUUGCUGCUGUUUUUCAUCUCAUCUUAAGUUCAUUUUAUAUUCUGCGCCAGCCCACCUAAAAGGGAGGUUGAAAUAUUUCACCCUGUUUAAUGUUUUCAUAGUAGCAUCUAGCCCCCGGAAUGAAUUGUGGACUAGAUAUAUAAUUUAUCUGUUUUAAUAUUUUAACUACAGUGGUCCCACUACUGUAAAUCUCUGUAAUCAAGAAUUUCUUCAUGCCAGCUGUAAAUCA